AGAGUCUCCAUAUCCUAACAACAGCCUCCUCAGCGUCCGGUCGUCAUGCGAGGCCUUACUCACUUCGAUGAACACAAUAAAACUGAGGACAGAACUGGAAAGCAGGAACAGGCCAGCCGCUCAACGCACAUAGCGUUGUCUCUGAGACAUUGCAUGUUUGGGAUGUGCAGGCUCUAUCCAAGAACCUUGACAACCAUCAUCUUCAUUGCUUUCUUAUUGAGCCAUUCCAUACGCAGAAUCUACCUUGGCUAGGCAUUUUCAGAAUUCAAUUAAUGUUUUCACAAUAACAACUCGGCGUUCGCCUCGCCUGUGGAUCGUCACAUUCCGGAUGACUAAAUCAAACAGCAACAACAGUCAACCUGAACAGUCGCCUAUCAAGCCCGAGUCCAAGGCGGUUGGAGUUAAUACCAGAAUCUCACGUCGAAAAUUCACUCUUCUUUCCAUUACACUCCUGCUUAACGUACUGUUUUGGAGUGCUCUUAUCUGUUGCGUCACUUCACUCUAUCAGAUCGUAUCAGAUCCGUGGGAUGCAGCAAAUAUCGCACCGGUGGUCUUGAACUUGACUUCUGCUCUCGCAACAAUCGCAUACGUAUGCGUCCACACAAUAUUCUCUUCAAAGCAGAAGAAUUGGGAGCAACAACGGCGACACACGUCUGCCGCCAAGAAGACUUCCUAUGUUGCCAUCCGUCUAGUGGUCUCGCUAUGUGUUCUCUGGCUACUAACUUCUGGAUGGAACAUGAUUCUCGUUGCAAGAAGACCUAUUUGCCUGCAACAGGCACCCGGACUUCAAAGCUGGGAAUUUGGUUCCACUUGCUUAUGUGGCCGUGUGGGUAUUACCUUCGCCGCCAUAUCGUUAACUGCGUCGUUUGUUCUGUUUGGCGUACUCUCCGUCGUCAGUCGUCCUUUCGAAGCUCAUCUGUUCAAGCACGGUUACCGAAAGCCAGCAAAUGCAUGGCAUCCGCCAUACGCUUCUCACGUGUCACCAAUAACUAGAGAUCGCAUAUCUACAUGUGAGAAGAGUAUCCACUACCGUCACAUGCCCACGUCGACACAUAGGAGCAGUUCAUCCGACCCGAUGGCACAAAACAGAAGUCGCUCACCAGGAUCGGUGGUCUUUACCUCGCAUCAUGCGCCGCCACCCAUACCCUCAGCUUUUAUGACCCCGCAUCGCAACCCGUCUUUCGAUGCUUUACCUUCUGCAUCAUAUGCGUCCACAACUCGUGGGGUCUUGACUGGCCCGCCUCUUUCGUCGCAUUCAGCAAGUAGACGUGAUUCUGCACCUGUAUCCACACAAGCCCGGCAUUCAGCAUCUAUAUGGCGCGCCGUUCAUCCAGAGAGCCCGGAGUUCAUACUGCAUUCAUCGCGUCCGCGCCUCUAUUCCCGCGAUCUUGAUCUCUCUCAUCGUCAAUCCUCACGUUCCUCAAUAUCUCUCACCCGUCCAAGCCGCCUGAGCUCUCUGAACUCUAUCUCUCAAAGUGACUCUACCGUCUCAGAGAGUCGGGACCAUUGCUUUGGGGUAACUGAUGAAGGCGACAGAGCUACUCCUGGUGAGAUCGCUUAUGCUAUCACAAACGGUACACCUAUACCUGGCACUGAACCUGUCAAAGGUCUGGACAGACACCAUAUCCGCACCUUCAGUGCCCCAAAUCAUAGCUCCGCUGCUCAGAAGAACCAUGCCUUAGUUUUCGAUGCGAUUGUCGUCACUCGGAAGCCAGUGCCGGUUCGGCGACUGAGAUCUGCCGACCGGAAGCGAGCCUCAGAUACUUCCAAUACAGAAGCCGAAAACUACAUGAUCAACCAAAGGUUGAGAAACUUUUCGUACCCUAACGGCGGUUUAGCAAUAGCUGAAUUCAAGAGAAGCAGAAGGAUGACGUUUGAGGAAGUGAAGAAUAAACCCUUACCGAAGAUUGCCGUCUUCUAGCACCGAGAUUGAAUCAACCUUCACUUCAACUCAACUUCACAAUCACGGUUAUGUAUCGAGACCACCGAUAGUCGUAUUUAAGUCUCUUUACAAACCGUCUCGUGGGUACGAAGAUGAACUGAGCGCUUGCCAACAACAAAAGCAAGCCGAUGUUCGCUCGGAAAGUCUCUGGUCAAGCACAAACGGUGGAUCGAUCCGUUCGUGCGUUUCUCGGUUGGCACCACACGCGCAUCGCUGAUCACUGCUGACAGGCAGCUGUU